UUGGUUGCUCUCCUAGGCCUCUUGAGGGCUGGGAUGUCACCGAGGUGACGGAGCGGAAAAACCCGAGCAGUGGCUUGGUCUCCACCGCACAGAGGCGGGCGUGAGGCCCAGCUGACGGGCUGGAAACGGCCUUGUCCUUGUCGUACCCCUGUCACCGCUGCUCCCAGGCCCGAUCUUCCUGGUGAGCUCGACUCAGGGUGCCCUGGUGGUGGCAGAAAUGGAACCUGCACAGGGCCGUGUGGUCUUUGAGGACGUGGCCAUAUAUUUCUCCCAGGAGGAGUGGGGGCACCUUGAUGAGGCUCAGAGAUCGCUGUACCGAGAUGUGAUGCUGGAGAACAUGGCACUUUUGUCCUCGCUUGGUUGUUGGCAAGGAGCCCAGGAUGUGGAGGCACCUUCAGAGCAAGGUGUUUCUAUAGGAAUGUCACAGGUCAUGACUCCAGUGCCCCGUGUAUCUACCCAGAGGAUCCAGCUCAGUGAGACGUGUGACCCACUCUUGAAAGACAUUUUGUACCUGGUUGAGCACAGUGGAAUACUUCCUGAGCAAGAGAUGUAUAUUUGUGAGGCAGAGCUUUUUCAGCACCAAAAGCAGAAGAUUGGAGAGAAUCUUUCCAGAAGGGGGGAUAAUUGGAGACCCUCAUUUGAAAAGAACCACAGAGUUCCCAUGGCAGAGAGGACCUUCACAUGCAGUGAGGGUUGGAAGGACUUGCCAGCCACCUCUGGCCUUCUCCAGCGCCAGGCCCCUCAAACUGGGUGGAAGUCUUUCAGGGACGCAGAGGACAGGGAAUUUUUUCAAACUGGACAAAAUGAUUACAAAUGCAGUGAAUGUGGGAAAACCUUCAACUUCAAACAUUUCCUUGUUGAGCAUCAGAAAAUCCACAUGAAAGAAAGGCCUUAUGAGUGCAACAAAUGUGGGAAACUGUUUAAAUAUGGUGCCAACUUCAUGAAACAUCAGACAGUUCACAGUGGUGAAAGGACUUAUGAGUGCAGAGAAUGUGGAAAAUCUUUUAUGUACAAUUAUAGACUCAUGAGACAUAAGAAAGUUCACACUGGAGAAACGCCUUAUGAAUGUGACAUAUGUGGGAAAUUCUUUAGGUACAGCUCUACAUUAGUUAGACAUCGGAGAGUUCACACUGGAGAAAGGCCUUAUGAGUGCAGAGAAUGUGGGAAAGCCUUUAGCCACAAACAUAUACUUGAUGAGCACCAGAAAAUUCACAGUGGAGAAAGACCUUAUGAGUGCAGUGAAUGCCAGAAAGCCUUUAUUAGAAAGUCUCACCUGGUUCAUCACCAGAAAAUCCACAAUGAAGAGAGGCUUGUGUGCUCCACGAAUGUGGGGAGUUCUUUAGGUAAAACUCCAGCCCCAUUAAAUAACAGAGAUUUCACAACAGAGAAAAUUUGCCAUUGACCAUUUUAAUUGGAUAUUUCAGCAAUGCUUUGUAAACUCAUAUUUUUACACAACUUAUCUCCAGAACUUACUGUGCAAAAACAAAACUCUAUAGUCGUUAAAUGACAACUCUUCAUCCCCCUUUGUUGCUGUUCUUGCAACUACAUUUCUACACUCUGUAUCUAUGAAUUUGACACUGAUUAGUACGUCAUAUAAGUGGAUUCAUUCAGUAUUUGUCUUUUGAGAUUGGCUUAUUAAGAUAAUGUCCUCAAGGUUCAU